AUGAGUCACAUUCCUGAAGGCCAUCAAGGCACAUCUAUCCAUCACAUUUCAGUCGUUAAGGGAAGCACACAGGGAGCAUACCGUUGUGAAAUCCUUAAUCGUGAAUUUAUGUUUAGUGAUCAAUUGGAAACAGUUAUAAGUGGUCUUUACGGACAUGAUAUUGCAGAGCAUACACAUUAUUAUGUUGAUCGUAAACGUGUUAAUCGUCAUUCAUUAUUAGAUGAACAUCAAGGAAAAGAUGUACAUGUUUAUUAUGCCGAUCAUAUUCAUGACCCGAAUAGAAUUGGUUCAUUUUCUGUUCCUGUACUUGAACAUCAUCAGACACUAAGACAUCAUGUGACUGGUGUUAUAAAAUGA